AUGUCUACCAGCCUGGCAACUUUUGUUAGGAAGGUUUCUGCAGGCCAUGACGGUGGCAUCCAACCCCGGCCAUGCCAGGUGACCGUGCAAGUCGCAAGGAACACUUUCAUUUCCGUGACCGGCACUUCUACUGCAGAGUGGGUUCAGCGCGUAAAAGUCACCGUCGAAGGCGACUCCGCGACAUAUACCUUGACCGCAAACAAAGGUCAGCCCUUGAAGACGGAUAAGAAUGUAGAGGCCGUGACGUUGGGCCCGUACACCACGCCGAAGAAUAUUACACUGGAUUUCAGUGCGAAGCCACCUGGUUCCGAUUUCAAGCCGGCUUACGACGUGAGGCCUGAGACUGAAGGCUCGUCCAACCAGCUAACCGUUCAAGGAAUUGCAACAGCAUAUGUGUUCCACAGCGAAGAUGGAGGAGACCGAGACUACCAUGACACGACUGCGAUCUUGUCCCUUGUUGCUACCACGAAGUAA